AUGACCCUGGGCAGCUGCUGCUGCGAGAUCAUGUCCUCCGAGAGCUCUCCGGCCGCACUGUCCGAGGCGGACGCAGACAUAGACGUGGUGGGCGGCGGCGGCGGCAGCGGCAGCGGUGGUGGGGAGCUCCCAGCCCUCUCCGGGCCCCGUGCCCCCCGGGACGUGCUCCCCCACGGCCCCGAGCUUCCCCCGGCGGAAGCAGAGGCAGACGCAGCAGAGGAUGAGGAGGAGUCGGGCGGCUGCUCAGACGGCGAGCCCCGAGCUCUAGCGCCCCGGGGGGCGGCGGCCGCAGCGGGAAGCCCGGGGCCGGGCGUGGCGACGGCCCGCGGAGCUGCGGGGCCCGGACCCGGACCGCCGUCGGGGGGCGCGGCGACGCGAAGCCCGCUGGUGAAGCCGCCCUACUCGUACAUCGCGCUCAUCACCAUGGCCAUUCUGCAGAGCCCCAAGAAGCGCCUGACGCUGAGCGAGAUUUGCGAAUUCAUCAGCGGCCGCUUCCCCUACUACCGGGAGAAGUUCCCGGCCUGGCAGAAUAGCAUCCGCCACAACCUCUCGCUUAACGACUGCUUCGUCAAGAUUCCCCGAGAGCCGGGCAACCCUGGCAAGGGCAACUACUGGACGCUGGACCCGGAGUCUGCCGACAUGUUCGACAACGGCAGCUUCCUGCGGCGCCGCAAACGUUUCAAGCGGCAGCCUCUGCCGCCGCCACAUCCACACCCGCACCCGCACCCGGAGCUGCUGUUGCGUGGUGGGGCCGCGGCGGCUGGGGACCCCGGCGCCUUCCUGCCGGGCUUCGCCGCUUACGGCGCCUACGGCUACGGUUAUGGGCUGGCGCUCCCGGCCUACAGUGCACCUCCGCCAGGCCCUACCCCGCAUCCGCAUCCACAUCCGCACGCCUUCGCUUUUGCCGCCGCAGCUGCCGCAGCGCCUUGCCAGCUGUCUAUGCCCCCAGGUCGCGCCACUGCGCCUCCACCCGGACCCCCGACGGCGUCGGUGUUCGCUGGCGUAGCCUCUGCUCCGGCCCCUGCGCCCGCCCCGGGCACCGGCUCGGGCCCGGGCCCAGCGGGCCUGCCCGCCUUCCUGGGCGCGGAGCUUGGCUGCACCAAAGCGUUUUAUCCCGCGUCACUGAGCCCUCCCGCAGCCGGCACAGCGGCGGGUCUGUCCACCGCACUCCUGCGUCAGGGCCUCAAGACAGACGUGGGCGGUGGCGCGGGCGGCGGGUGCUCGGGGGCAGGGCAGAGGCCUUCCUUCUCGAUAGACCACAUUAUGGGCCACGGUGGCGGUGGGGCAGCACCUCCGGGCGGCAGCGAGGGCUCCCCAGGAUCGCCAUUCGCUGCGGCCGCGGGUCCUGGAGGUCAAGCCCAGGUUUUGGCCAUGCUGACUGCCCCGGCCCUGGCUCCAGUGGCCGGUCACAUUCGCCUCUCGCACCCUGGGGACACUCUUCUGUCCUCAGGGCCUCCGUUUGCCAGCAAAGUUGCUGGCCUCAGCGGCUGCCACUUCUGA